AUGGUCAACACACCAGCGCUGGCGUCCCUUUUUCAAGCGGCGCUGUGGAGGCCAGGCCUCCUGGUGCCCCACGCGACCAUCACCGACAUCAGAGCUUUGGAUUGGAGCGUCCUGUACAAUUCUGGAGUGAGGGCAGUGAUAUGCGACAAGGACAAUUGUUUGACUAAGCCAAAGGAGGAUGGCUUGGCGCCUGCUCUGCGGCACGCUUGGCAGGAAUGUAGAUUCACCUUUGGUCCCGACCGUAUCAUCAUUGUCUCAAAUAGCGCGGGAAGCUCGAGCGAUUCGGGAGGCGUAGGUGCCGAAAGUCUGUCGAGGCAUCUGCAGGUCCCCGUGUUGGCUCAUCGGGGCAAGAAACCGGCCCGCUCGUGUGUCAGGGACAUCGUUGCUGCGCUCAAUGCGUCUAGCACCCACGAUCCCUCAUCGUCUGUCAGGACGACCUGGACCGGGCGCGUCCUCGUGUUGGGCGACAGGCCCACCACAGACAUGGUGCUUGCCCACCGUCUCAACACCGCUCUCCGACGGCUGAGCAGAACGCGCUCGAAGCUCGAGAAGAGGGCCCAGCUUCGCCAGAUCAUCCCAGGUAGGAACGAUGCCGAGCCAGACGAAGCACCUGAUCCCUUAUCUGAUCCUUCGAUAGCGCGAGCGCAGGCUGCUGAGUCUUCUCUCGACGCGGCACCGCAUGCUCUGGCAGUCCUUACGACCACGCUUUGGGCCAGAGAGAGGAUAGGCACGAGAUUGAUGAGGUCAGCAGAGAAUGCAGCGCUUAGCUUCUUGGGCAAAAGGGGCAUUCAACCUGGCGCAGGCUGGACCCGGAAUGACAGCUUAUCUAUCGAAGCGGGCGAAGGGUCGGAUAUUCUGAAAAGAUCCAUUGCUGCGCGAGCUGAGCUUGCCAAGCGCGGCCAAGCUGGUGUCCACUUCGCAGCUCAGGCAGGACUUCUCGCUGGGCGUGGAGAUUGCUCGCAAGAGUUGCAUUCUACGCCGCACCUAGGACAAUCCCUUCACCCACUACAGCCCACGUCAGCAGCACCUACGCUCAUGGAAGCCCUCAUUGCGCAGCCCGCACUGCCUCAUUGGCUUGUCGCGGCUCUCAAGGGAACUCGGCGUCUCUGGACCUCUUCUCCCACGCUGUUCCUUCGAGGCCAGCUCCAUGCGCUCUGGAAGCUGGUGCGGCAGGGCUUGAAAGAGGGCACAUCGCCCGGCCUGCAAUCCAGGUUGGGCUGGACCUCGAAUGAUGCGCCAAGAAGAUUCAGAACUCAGGAUUGGGCCAGCAAGGCCGGUCCGGGAAGUAGGCGGAGCUUGUCAACGAGCACUGCGCCAGCUCUUCCGCGGAUUUUGAACGUGCCUGGCACUGCUUUCAACAAGAGGGAAUACAACACGCGUCCUAGACGAGAAGAGGAGCGCAAGGAAAGCAAAUCCGAUUCCGAAAUGAAUUUCAACAAGCGGGUAAACAGAUCGUUCAGGAAACUCUUGAUCCUUUCCGGCAUCAUGGUUCCGCUUUGCUUCUACCUCGGCAUCAAAAUCAGCGAGGUGAGGCACUCGGAGGUCAGGCCUGAGAGCACAGAGCUGGUGUUGGCGGAGAGGGCGACGGGCACAGGCAUCUCGACAGCCGGCAGCACCGCGCAGCUUGAGAAGGCAACUGAGGCCUCACCGACAUCGCUCGCGAUGCGUGAAACCGAAAGCGGAAAACGCACUACCCUUUACCGGAAUGCAGCUGCCGAGAGGGAAAUUUACCACCUACAGCGCGAGCUUCAGGACGUCAAUAGCAAGUUGGAGAGACUUAGCAAGCGAGAUGGCUCGGCGAAGCUGGUCUGACGGCGAUGUUUCAAGCGACUGUGGCGCGCUGCUGGCUCCAUGGGACUGCAGUACUCACCAGUGCUUCUGCUCAACACGUAUCACCAAGAACGAGAAUUGCUGUUUCACCGAAAUUCAGACAGAACCUGUGUGUAAUCGACCUAAUAAUACCUUUGCAUUGGUGUACAGAGCGACUCAAGUGCUAGGCAGUGCGGACC